AUGGCAACAGAUCACCUCAAAAGGAUUAUAGAUGCAUCAUACUUUAUGCCUUACAUAGCUGAUACAGCAAGAGAUGCCACACAAGAAGUUUUCGAAAAAAUUUGUAACAUUGUUAAAAGAAAGUAUAGUAAUUCUCCCCUUAAGCAUAAAAGGUCAAAGUCUACCAAAAGACAGAAAACUUUAGCUACAGAGGAAAGAAGAAACUCAGUGACUGAAAGACCAAUAAAAUGAGAAGAAGACCCAAUUGUCCUCAAAAAAAAGUCAAAAACCAUAAAACAGCUUCUGAAAAAGCUUCAAGAAGAGAAAGAACAGAGACAUAAAAAGCUGCAGGAAUUAGAUGAAGAAGCCAAAAAGAAAUUCGAAGAAGAAAUGGAAACGAACGAAAUUUUGCAGCAAAAACGAGAAGAAGAAUUGAGAAAAGAAAGGGUGCUAAAAGCCUUACAAAGGCGAGAAAAAGAAGAAAAGCACAAAAAAGAGCUGGAGGAUUGAAAAAUUUUGACUGAAAGGGAGUAUAAACAUGUGUUAAGCCAAAAAUAUUUGCAUGAAAAAUUACAAGAGUCGUAUGUAACUCAGGUCGUUAUGCCUGAGCUUGAAAAAAAGAAAGCAGAUCUGGCCCAAAAAAGGAUGCUGUUUCAGCCUAUAAAUAGAGAAGAUCUUAUUGAGCAUGCAAGAAGGCAUGACGAAAUUAUGAGAGACCUCCAAAAUAGAAGGGAAAAAGAAGUGCACAACCGAUCAAUAGAUUUACAAUACAGACAAGCGAUUAUUUCCUAAAGCAAACCCUUUAUUAUAUUUUUUCAGUUUUAAAUAGGAUUAUUUUCCAUCUAAAUAAUUUUUUUCUUUUAUAAUUAAUGACCCACAGACAAAUUUCCAAAAGUUUUCACUCAAAAGCGCUUGAUAUUUUAAAUGAAGAAGAAAAAAGACAAAAAGAAGAAAAAGAAAGAGAGGAGCUAGAAAGGAAACAAAGAAUCGAAAAAAAGCUGCAAUAUUCUGAGCUUGUAAAAGAGCUAUACAGACCUAGCAUUGAUGAGUAUAAAAAGCAAGAAAUGAAAUUGCUUGUAGAGAAAUUAAAGUUUCCUGUUCGGACAAAACUCCAUGGACAUAACUCUGCUGGGACUUAUGAAAAUACUACAGAAAGCGGCUCAAUGACUGAAAAGCAUCGAAUAAGGCGCAAAUGGACAAAAAAUCCAAUGGUCCCUGAGCCAGCUCCUAAAAAGGAAAUAAAGCAGAUAGACUUUCUUGCAGAAAUGAGAAUUGCAAGGCAUUCGAGAGGAACAAUCCGCAAAAAAUAUGAGCUGGAAAAAGAUUUAAUGUAUAUUAACCUUCAUGAUGAAGAAAACGCUAUAAAGCUGAAAGAAAAAGCUGAUUUAGUUGACAAAGAAAUUCUUAGAAAAGAAAGGACAAUGAGUUCAAAUUUGCCUGACCGUAAAAAAAUAGAAAUCGCUGAAGAGAUAAACGAUAUGAUAAUCAGCUCUAUCAAGGCUAAGCUAGCCAUUGUAAAUGCUACAGUUGAUUCAUAA